CCGAUCGUUUUUGAUCCCGAACCCUUCUCCCAACUCCUCAUCUCACGCCGACCUUCUCCAUCCAACUCCUCCUCUCACACCCUCUCCUUCCAACUCCUCUCCGGCAAACCCCUCUCCGGCGAACCCCUCUCCACGAACCACUCCUCCUAACUCUUCUCCGUCAAGACCGCGGGAUUAAUCACAUUAUUCCUUCACCUCUUCAUGCCCUAAUCUCUUCGCCUCCGUCGCCUCAUUCAUGCUUCCUUCACACUGCCCAAUCUCUUUGAUCACACCUUCGUCAAGCGACAGAUUCCGGUGCAUAUGCUUGGGAGCUUGAGCUACGGGAGAUGGCUCCACGGCCGCAUCCCUGGGAGCGGAUUAGCCACUAAUGUUCAGCUGGGAACCGCCAUCGUAAACAUGUACGCCAAAUGUGGAGCACUGAAAUGCGCCGGCCAGGUGUUCGACAGAAUGCUGCUGAGGAAUGUGUGGACUUGGAGUGCCAUGAUUCUGGGGCUAGCCCAGCACGGUUUGGCUCGCAAUGCCAUCGAGCUGUUCGACGAAAUGAAGCAUGCUUUUGUCGAGCUCAACUACGUCACAUUUCUAGGAGUCAUCUCUGCUUGCAGCCAUGCCGGCUUAGUCGAUGUCGGCCUCAGGCUUUUCCACGAGAUGGUCGAGCAACACGGGAUCAAACUAAGGAUGUCGCAUUGCAGUGCCAUGGUCUAUUUGCUGGGCCGCAACGGCCACCUACAGGAGGCUUACAACUUCGUACAGCGAAUGCCCAUCGAGCCUGAUGCUGUAGUUUGGAGGACACUGCUGAGUACUUGCCAGUUGCAUCCAGAGAAAGAUGAAACUGGUAUCGGUCAAGAGGCGAAGCGAAGAUUGCUGGAGCUGGAACCUAGGAGAGUCGGGAACUACGUAAUGGCAGUGAAUAUGUACUCGGACCAGGGGUCGUGGGAUGAGGCUGCGAGGGUUAGGAGGAGGAUGAGGGAGGAAGGUUUGAGGAAGGCACCCGGGGAGAGCUGCAUAGAAGUGGGCGGAGGGAUGCAUAGAUUCAUCUCAGGAGACAAUUAUUGUAAUAAUGGUUACGAGACAAUUAUUACACUUAUUGUAAUAAUGGUAAAAGAAGCAAUGGUCAGGCUGCAAUGGAGCAUUCUGCCCAGGUGAUAUUGUACACUCUUUUGAUGUCUGAAAGGCAAAAUUGGUGUUUUAAUUGGAAUACUACUCUUUCAGAUAUUUGAAAAGGGAUAUCAAUAUUGGCCUUCUAUAUUACCUCCAGACAGAUCAGACAAGGGUAAAGUGCUAUGUCAUAACAAAUUAUGGAGGUCUAGGUGUUGUCUUGCAUACAAAUGUUCUUAUAGGGUGUCAAAGUUCAACGAUCGACUUAGUUGGGCUAAUUAUGCACCGCAAUGAACUAGCAACUGAUGUCCUAAAGGCUUCAAGAACACGACACCUACCUUCAAUGCUACAGAAUCUAGCAUUGUGCAAAGUUUGUCGCCAUCUUAAUAUCUGCACAAUCUUUCAUAAGGCUUAUGGAGGCGAUUCUAAUAACAGUGGACUUGGUGAUUUCUUUGAUGACCUUGCGGGCCACUUAACUGUUUCUCAUUCUAAUUUUCUUAAGCAUUGGGUUCGUUUGGUUGACUUGGAAGCUCAGGCAUCUAAGGUCAAUAAGAAAGAGAGGUUCUCUUCACGUACUCCAUGGCAUGAGAAUAGUACCAGAAGCAGUUCUUACAUCCUUGUUGAUUUUACGAACGAAUUUUCAGGCAGUAAUUCUUCUAGAAAUGACAGAUUCAAAUAUUGUUUUGUGCUGAAUGAACAGAAAGCUCAGGACCAAUAUGAUUUUUCUGAACUCAGAAUGAGUGAUCAUGGUUCCACACUUAAACGUGGUGAUCAUGGUAUGGUUCCACACUUAGGAGAAGAUUUGCAGUUGCUUCAAAUUCAUCACGCGUUAAAGGUUAUAGAAAUUCAAAUUUGUGAAUCCACAUAAAAUCCCAUAUAUGGCAAACCCUACACAUGACAAAAAAGGUUUGAUGCUGUUAUACACUUCGCUGGACUAAAACCUAUUGGUGAAAGUUCAUUUAGGAAUACUUUUAUUUGUCUAAACCCCUACUACACUUCGCUGGACAUAGUUUAUAAUUACUUUUUCUUUAUCUUGCAGUGAGAGUCUUUAAUAUUUCUUUUUCUAUAAAAUGCUCCAGUUAGUCAUAUCCUUUUGACUUCCUUGUAGAAUAUAUUUGAUUUGUGAGCAAUAGUUUCUCCAGCUUAUUAAUUUUCACUGCUGCUUAUUAGUGGCUUCUUAUCAAUCCUAGUGGCUAGUCGCUUGGAUGUAGAUGCUCCAGUUCGAAUCAACACAAUGACACUCUAAAAUGGAUAAGUUUUGUUUUGUACACAAUCUAAUUAUCAUUGGUGACUAGUCACUUAGGUGGAGAUGCUCCAGUACUUAAACUCUAAAUCAUUUUUUUUCCUACUUGGCUCAAGCCACAUCAGCAGUAGUUAAAAAAUUACAAGGGCAACAAUUAAGCUGUAGCUCAGAUACAUUGGAGUUCUUUCUUGUCUUCAGUUUGUUGCCCUUAAUUCAUGCUAAGUCAUUAUGGGUUCGGUCAUCAACAUUGUGAUGAAUGACACAAUAUUAAAUCUAUUCUGCAAGCUUUCUGCAAGAUUUUUGCAAGCUUUAUGCAAGAUUUUGGCAAGCUUUAAGUCUAUCAAGCAUGUUAAACUAAAAAUUCUACAAGCUUUCUUUAGGAAGUUGGCAAUUUUCCACUAUUGGUUAAACUCAUAUUCUAAACGUUUCAUUUUAGCUUUCUUUCUGCAAAUACUGUAUGCAUUUUAGAAUGGAGAAAUAUUAUAUGCAUUUUAGAAUGGAGAAAUUGCAAGCUUUCUCUGCAUAUCAGAAACAGCACAGUUUGAAGAAUGCAGUUUAGAAAAUGCAUGCAUUUUAGAAUGCAUAUUAGAAACUGCAUGCAUUUUAGAAUACAGUUUGAAGAAACGUUGUCUUUCUGCAAGCCAAGCUUUCUUUCUGCAAGCUUUAUUUCUGCAGUUUGAAGAAACAUUGCAUUUCUGCAACAACAGUGCUUUUUGCAAGAAAGCGUUUGCAGAGAAGAAAGCGUUUCAUUUCUGCAAACUUUCUUUCUGCAGUUUGAAGAAACGUUGCAUUUCUGCAAGCUUUCUUUCUUUCUUUCUGCAAGCAUUUCAUUUCUGAGUAAUGAGUUUUGGUUCAUUUAUAGAAAAUAGCUAGUAGAAAUAAUUUU